CGGACGCAUAUAGGAUCCUAUAAGGAAUAUUUUCUAUAUAAACACCUUAAUCUAUUACGAUAAUUCUCACACUCAUCUUCAAAAGAAACUUCCAACUCUCUCUUAUAAUUUAAUCAAGUCAAAUUAUCAUGGCUAACCCUCUGGCUCUUCGACUGGCUGGUUUGGUGCUGUUGUGCAUGGUGGUGGGUGCGCCCAUUGCCCAAGCUGCCAUCACUUGUGGUCAAGUGACAACCAGACUCGGGCCAUGCAUAAACUACGUCAAAACUGGCGGGGCUCUACCCCGGGCUUGCUGCGCCGGGAUCAAAGCACUUCGAGCGGCGGCCAAGACCACAGCUGACACCCAGGCGGCCUGCAAGUGCAUUAAAAGCGCUGUAUCAGCCAUCCCCGGCAUCAACUACGGUAUUGCAGCUGGGCUUCCUGGCAAGUGCGGUGUCAGCAUCCCUUACAAGAUCAGCCCAUCAACUGACUGCAGCACCGUUAAGUACUGAGUUCGUGAAGAGAAGAAAUACUUCUCAGAAGCAAAAUAUAUUAUAUGGAUGGAAUAAAGUGGGUGCGAAGAAUCUGUAUCUUCUCAUCUAGGGAGUACUCGUAGUGUUAAUCUAAGUAAUUGUAUUUCUUUCCCUAUACCUUGUAUCCCACAUUUUAUAUUUGACUACAAGAGGUAGACUACUUAUUUUAUGUAUAAAUGAUCUUAUCUUGAUUUGGUUUA